GUGAAGGAGGAGAGAGAAAAGGUGAAGGAGAGAGAAAAGGUGAAGGAUGAGAGAGAAAAGGUGAAGGAAAAGGUGAAGGAGGAGAUAGAAAAGGUGAAGGAUGAGAGAGAAAAGGUGAAGGAUGAGAGAGAAAAGGUGUGUGACUUUAAAAAUAUCCCACCCUUAAAAUAUGUUUACUAA